AUGGCUAACACCCCUUACGACAGCAUCUACGGCCGAGAACGCACCUACUUCCUCAACAAUCUCGAAUGCCAAGUCUACGACAUGAAAAUUCACUCCAACACGCUCCCACGAGUCCUCGAUUCCCUCGGCGAACUCCACACCAUGACGAACGGGUGCAUUGAAAUGGCCGCUCUCCUCGAAGACCACUGCUUCGAGAAGAUUUGCCGCGAUCUCCAGCCCAUCUUGGCACAAGGCAUUGCAGUCCUUAGAGAAGACGGUGGCGCUGUCACUCGAGCCAUUGUCGCUGAUCAUAUUGAGGGUGUGGUUCCGCUUUCUGUUCGUGAUCCUAUUGCUUGGGGCCGUAUGCGGGCUGCUAAAGCAUGCUGCGACGCAGGGUCAGGUAGCCGCUUGUAG